AAUUUUAAGCAUAUUGGGAAACUCUUUGAAGAGAUUAUUUAUAUAGAGGAAUUUUCAAGAAUGCUGUUUUACUUUUCAGGGGGGAACCCCAGGCUUGUGAUGCUGCAAUGGACGAGUUAGUUGCAGCCAUUAAAAACCUGCCGGACCUGCCGGAUCCCUUGCAAACUCGAUUCCGGGCAAGCUUCUCAGAAAUUUGGUUACCCUCGAGAACCAGACAGCAUCCUCAACAAACAACAGACCCUGCUCCAACACCCUCGACUACCCAAGCUAGUGAGCCGGUUAACGAGAAUCCAAGAGUUCUUCCUAGAUGGAUGCAAACGAUCCUGGAGGCUAAUCAGCCUUCUCCGACAUCAGGCUGGUUAUCAGUCAGGAGGACACCUUCCAGUCAGGCGUCAACCCAUGCUCUUCCUCCUCCCACCCCCACCAGCUCUCGACGGCCCAACAUCUGGCACCGCAGAUCUGAGCAGACAACCUCGCGACCAUUGGAGGAAGGGGAGGACGUUGUCGCAUUCCCACCACCAAGACGUAACCAGCCCACACCCCUACAAGAUAUUAGCCUACUAAUCACCGUGUUAGUUUACAGAUUACUAUAGCAGUACAGCAGACCGGAGUGGUGCAUCAAAUCAACCCUUGAGUAUAGUGGUGAGGCAGUGGAUCCAGAAACUGAGGGACCUGCUUGUCUUUGUGAGCUAUUUCGUGGCACGGGCAAGUGCGAUGCAACAGCAGAUGUUGGCUGCUACCAUCUUCAGAGAGAUUCGUUAUUCCCUGAUGACAGCCUUGGCAGCAGACAACACGCGUAUAAGAUCGUACGCAGCUGGCCAUGAGACUUUAACUACUACAACGAGACUACAACGUCUACGACAACACAAGACCAUCGUUAGACCCGGGCCCAGCAAGAGACCACCAUCUCGAAUGCCCAAUUUAUAUGGAAACCACUCCAUCGGUGGUACUAAUCCCAUGUGGCCAUACUUUUUGUGGGCCUUGUCUACAGGGUCUCGGGAUAUGCCCUACUUAUAGAAAUGCUUUUGAGACUAAAUAUUAUAUAUAUUUAAUAUAUUAUAUAUUUACAUGUUAACAAAUCUUUUGUUAAUUAUUUUUUAAAGUAUAUAAAGUUUAGUUUUUCAAUACUGUAUAAUAAACCCAUUAUUUUGUAUUCAA